AUGCCUAGAGAGGACACGCAAACACCACCAGCACGCGCCAAGAAGGCCCUGCCCGCCUGCGACUCAUGCAAGCACCGACGCGUACGGUGUGACCCGGUGCCUCCUCCCGCGUCAUGUUCUCGUUGUAUCACAAAGGGAAUACGACCAAGAGUGCGGACGGGGAAACGGAUAGAGGAGGCCAAAGAGAUGCAUGGCACGUCUCAAAGCGUUGCAAGUCCAUCUCCAGUUGUCCGCGCCGAGGAUGCCAUGGUCGACCUCGAGAUUACCGGCGAUUUGGUUUCCCAUCUCCUUCUUCGACGCGUACAAGUCUACACGCACACCCCUAGGGCGCAGUUCUUCCCCUGCUUUAGUAUGAUGGCCGCAUUUGAAUCGGUCGGUCGUCGUCUUACUACCCUCCCCCCUCGAUCGCAAACACUCGCCCUUGCCAUUGCCGCUACGGCUGCGCGCAUAUCCUCACACCCAGUGUUGCUCGGUUCCGGUCCCAUGCCACCGGCUUUGUCAUCUUUCUUCUUCAAUCCGAUGUCGAUAGCGGAAGACUCGACGUACGACUUUGGCAAGCGACGUGAAAACGCUUGCGAGAAGCUGCGUCAGCUGGCACUCGAGCAAGCCUGGAAGUCAAACGUUUUAGAGGCGGACGGACAGGAAGCGCUCGAGACUUGCUACCUACUUUAUGCGCUUGAGAACAGGGAUCCCACUCGAAGUAAGACUACGAAUAUAUGGGCGACAGCCUUCGUUUCAGUUCUCCGUUUGGCCGUAGGAUCACGACAGAUACACACGUUCGAUCCCGAGACAGGCACAUAUAAGCUACCCUAUUGCCCCUCGGCGCCUCCUGUUCGUCAAGUCAGCCUGGACCAGCUCGAUCCCCCAAUACAUCAACUAUCUCUCCAAGCGUCACGCGUUGAGGACAUGAACGUUACUGUCAAAGCCAAUUCUAGUCCCGAUACCUCGAGCAAGUCUCCUCUGCCGCUUGAAGUCAUUCAACAAGAGCUUUUCUGGUACGAAGAUUAUCCUGGACCUUCAGGAAUGGCCAUCAGAUGGGCAAUCAAUAUUAUGCAAGAGGCACUUGCAAGCGCUGCUUAUGGCAAAAUUUGUCCAUAUACUCUGCAAGACGAGGUUAUGUUGGCCGGACCGCCACCUCCGACGCCUCAAGAGAUUCUCACAGAAGAAGAGGCUCUAGAAGACUUCCAAUGGUGGGAUACCCAGAAUUUUUGGGCUGUCGUGAGGCCUUAUACGUAUCAGAUCACCCAGAUGGCGCUGAACAGCUUCGAUUGGAGCUCCCGUCAACGCUCCGGCCGGCCCUUCUCCAUGACCAGGCUCAGGGAGCACAUGUCCGCGCUCAAGCCUCUCCACGCCAUCCUCUCCCUCGCGUACACCCGAUUUACAGUAGCAUUCGGCUCCGAAGCAACAGCCAUGCGCAUCAACGCGCAUCAGCCAGAAGCCAUCGAUAGACACACUGCCAGCAGGGUGGCAAACCGGCGGGAGUUUUCUGACCGCCAGAACGCGUGUCUUGUCUUGGGCGCGAUGACGCAUGCCAUGGCGCAUGUGAACAUCCCUAUCUGGACGGACGUCGAGAUACGACUGCGGUCAUGGUCGGGUAAGGGCGAUGUGAGCGACGCGGCGAAGUGGGAGUUGGAGCAGGUUAUGGUGGGGCUGAGGCGGGCGCUGCUGCCGUAUGCGUGUCGGACGCUUGGCGAGGACUGGCAGGGCGCAGGGGGGAGGACGAGCAUCUCAUGGCUUACUCUACGCUGUAAGUUAUCUUCGCAACCCCGCGACUCGAUGCUGACUGGGCUCUAG